CAAUACCAGCGAGACCUAUUAAAGGGCAUGUAGCUGUCGUUUCGGCCUCGCUCCGCCAUGAUGCUCCAUUGAAAGUAUCGCACGGUGUCUUGACUACUGAUCGCAGAAUUGGUCACUGGAAGGAUGCUCUUGAGCUCUGGACUGGAUGCAAUGAACGGGUUCCACUUUUCUGUAGGACCCUGAAUUGCCUACUGGUUUAGCGCCCAUAUUGCUCGGCAGACCAUAUCCCGAAGUCGGGAAUGGGAGGUAGGCGUCUCCGAGGGCUUUUGAUACGGUUCAACAAAUUGUUUGUUGGCUUUGAGGUUUUGUCUCAUAGCUCUCGCCGACUGUUCCAACCUCGUACUUCUCGCGAUGGCGCCUAAGCUUUUAUACAGCAAUGCCCUGUCCUCAGUUGAAGAUGUCAAGUCGUGGAUUGCCGAGGGCCCGGUAAAGACAACAAACGGCUCGGACUCCUCACUCGAAAUCACGUCUUCUGGUGGUUGGGAUGACCACUUCACCUUUUGGUGUCCAGAGGCUUUCCCGGACCACAUCCGAGUAACCUGGGAAUUCGCACCCAUCCAGGAGCCCGGCCUGGCUAUGCUGUUCUUUGGUGCUUCAUCUGUGUCUGGUGGCAGUAUCUUUGACGAAGGCGUCAAGGCCAGAAACGGAGCCUACCCACAGUAUCAUAGCAGUGACGUUCGCACACUGCAUGUGUCGUACUUUAGGCGACGUUGGGAAGACGAAAGGGCUUUUCACACAUGCAAUUUGAGAAAAAGUCCAGGAUUCCAUCUCGUCGCGCAGGGCGCAGAUCCGCUACCGCCGGUUGUAGAUGCAAAAGGCGCAUUCUACAAGAUUGAGGUUGUGAAGAAUGGACAGGAGGUCAAGUUUGGCAUUGAUGGUCUGCCUCUUUUCAGCUGGUUUGACGGUGGGGAACACGACAAAGCAGACACAGGUCCAGUGGUUGGUGGUGGAAGAAUUGGGUUCCGACAGAUGGCACCGCUGGUUGCGAGGUAUAGAAAUCUGGAAGUUUGGACAUUGGAUCAAUGAGGUCAUAAAGGAAGCACAGACUGAUCGCCUUGGUUAUGAGGACUGGGCUGCGUAAUGACUUCGUUAUGACAAAAGCCGGAGAGUGAAACGCAAUAACAACGUUUGCGCUAGGUUAGGUCACU